AUGCCUUUUCUCCAUGGCUUCAGCUGCAUCUAUGAGUACCAGGGGUUGGUCAAUGAGAUCUUGGAAUGUAUGAAUCCUCUGGUGCUGGAAAUGAUGGACAGCGCCAGCGCCGUGGUAGAAGAUGACAGACGGAUUGCAGCCCUUCGUGAGCUGCUGGAGAGGAACACCAGCUUCGUGUACUACCAGGAGGGUGUGAGCUAUUCAUUGCUGAAGAUGGCAGUGUAUGGGAUGGUCCGAGCCGCAGAAUCCCUCCUGCAUGGUGGGGCAGACAUCACCUUUGAAGGCUGGGCUCUAGGCAGCAGUGAUGGGGUUCAGAUCCACAAUACGGAAAGCAUUCGCCUUUUUUUGGAAGGAGGAGCCAAUGUGAAGGCCACAACAAAAGAUGGCGACACCAUCUUCUCCUCCAUCAUCUCCCUCCUUUGGAAGACAGUGGGAGGUGACGAAGAGGAGGCUCAGACCGUCAACCGUUUCUGCUUCCAGGUUACUCAGCUGCCGAUGACCCACAGGGCCAAACCUAGUGAGUGCCCAACCUACGAGUCCCUCACCCACGUGUGCCUGAAAAACUUCCAGCUCCGCUUUCCCCUCCUGGAGUUUGGGGCACGCUACAACUGCACCAUCCAUGGACCUGCCUGCUGGUCGGGCUUCAGCAGUAUCUUCGAGUGGCUGUGUUCCUACCUGUGGUGGUUAGAGGACGACACCUUCUCUGCUGACCUCUUUCAGAAGGCCGAGACGGUGCUGGAGCUCUUGGCCUCAAGCUCCCAGAUCAUCAAGCUCCCCAGCAACUUCGAUAUCAACCUCAGCAACUGCCGGUUGCAUAGGAAGAGGAUCUCGGACCUCUUCACCAGCCUGAAGAAGCUGGAACACUCCACUCCUACCUUGAAGCACAUGUGCCGGGUUUUCCUGUGGCAGCAUCUCAGACCCUGGCCGAAAAAGUCAAGGCCCUCCCGCUUCCCAACUUGUUGAAAAAGUAUCUCCUCAUAGACCGGAGCAGCUCUGCAGAGGUAGCCAUC